CCCAGGAUUUCGCUCUCCGCAGCGGCACCCGAAGGCCAGGAUGAGCCUGUCGAACGCCACGGCCGUGACCCCCCUCCUGGCCAGGCUGUGGCGGGUGACCGCUCACCCGGGCGGCAACACGUCCGGCCCGGCCCGCCGCGCCCCGGGCGACAGCGCCGGCGAGAUGGAGGCGCUCUACAUCCUCAUGGUGCUCGGCUUCUUCGGCUUCUUCACGCUGGGCAUCAUGCUGAGCUACAUCCGCUCCAAGAAGCUGGAGCACUCCCACGACCCCUUCAACGUGUACAUCGAGUCCGACGCGUGGCAGGAGCAGGACAAGGCGCUGCUGCAGGCGCGCGUCCUGGAGAGCGUCCAGGCCUGCUGCGUCCUCCAGAACCAGCUGGCCGUGGAGCGGCCCAACACCCACCUGCCCGGGACGAGGCCCUCGUCGUGA